AUGCGACCAACUCGUGGCGGCCUCGUCGCGACGGCGGCGCUGCUGCUGGUUCGAGCGACCAUGUCGUCGGCUGGCGGCGGCGGCGGCGCCUGCAAUGACACGGCCGGCGACGACGUCGUCCGGCGGCAGCCGCGCCAGGUCGCCCACGUGGACCACCUUGCGCUGCCGCACAGCGGUUCGACGACCGUGGCGACGGCGCUGCGGCGCGCGCUCGAGGCGCGGGCGAUCCGGGGCGCCGCGUCGUGCGCGAAAUGCUCCGCCGCGGCGUGCGGUGCCGACGCGCUGCUGCCGGUCCGCGCGACGCUCGUCUACCGCGCGGGCCACGCGCACUUCCCGCUCGCGGAGCGCCGCGCGCACAUCGCCUCGGACUGGGCCGACGGCGCCGUCUCCCGCGCGCGGGAGGCGUCCGGCGGCGCGCGCCAGGCGGAGCACGAGACGCGCAUGGGCCUCCGCGGGCCCUCGCCGCGCGUCGCGCGCCCGGGCGCCGUCGUCACGGUGCACGUGCUGCGGGAGCCGGUCACGUGGCUCUGGCGCACGCUGAUGCGCUUCUCGUACAUGCCCGUCGAGGGCGCGGCGCGGCGCGGCUCGCGGACGGCGUCCGGAGCGACGCACCGGGGCCGCGCGCGCGGCGAGCCCGCGUCGGCGUGGCUCGAGCGGAACCCGUUCGCGUGGAACAUGCAGGCCCAGUUCCUCGCCGGCCGGCCCCGCUUCGACUGCAACCGGACGCUCGCGGCCGCGCGCGACGACGCGGAUCCCGAAGCGCUGCUGCCGCGGGCCGAGGCCGAGCUCGCCGACGAGGCCGCGCUCGCCUUCGGGCUCUUCGAGCGCCUCGAGGACAGCGCCCAGCUCAUCGCCCACGCCCUCUGCCUGCCCAAGGCCACCCUCGUCGCGGGCGAGACGCGGCGCGGCGCCUUGCGGGCGUCGAACCGGCGGUCGCCGCGGUCCCGGUCCGCGCCGCCGUCGAAGACGGAGGCGGCGCCGCCGAAGCUGCAGCGCCGCGACAGCCUGCCGCCGCCGUCGACGCCGCGGAAGGAGCCGCCCAAGGCGCGCACGCCGAGCACGUCCGCGAAGUGGCUCGGCGCCGGGUCCUGCGUGAUCCUCGACGAGUACGCGGCGACCGCGACGCCCUCGCGGCCGGCGACGUCGCCCGCGCCGGACCUCGGCGGCGUCGUGGCCACGGCGCUGGACCUGGCGCACGUGCCCCUCGCGGAGCCGACGACGCCGAAGACGCCCGAGGGGGGGCUGCCGCGCGCGGAGCGCAUGGUCUCGGCCGACUUUGAGGACGCGGGCGCCGCCGCGCCUCCGCUCGCGCUCGGCGGCGACGACGCGGCCCCGGCGCCGCCGGACCUCGAGGUCGCGCUCGCGGCGGUCGCCCACGUGGACCACCUUGCGCUGCCGCACAGCGGUUCGACGACCGUGGCGACGGCGCUGCGGCGCGCGCUCGAGGCGCGGGCGCUCUUGGGCGCCGCGUCGUGCGCGAAAUGCUCCGCCGCGGCGUGCGGUGCCGACGCGCCGCUGCCGGUCCGCGCGACGCUCGUCUACCGCGCGGGCCACGCGCACUUCCCGCUCGCGGAGCGCCGCGCGCACAUCGCCUCGGACUGGGCCGACGGCGCCGUCUCCCGCGCGCGGGAGGCGUCCGGCGGCGCGCGCCAGGCGGAGCACGAGACGCGCGUGGGCCUCCGCGGGCCCUCGCCGCGCGUCGCGCGCCCGGGCGCCGUCGUCACGGUGCACGUGCUGCGGGAGCCGGUCACGUGGCUCUGGCGCACGCUGAUGCGCUUCUCGUACAUGCCCGUCGAGGGCGCGGCGCGGCGCGGCUCGCGGACGGCGUCCGGAGCGACGCACCGGGGCCGCGCGCGCGGCGAGCCCGCGUCGGCGUGGCUCGAGCGGAACCCGUUCGCGUGGAACAUGCAGGCCCAGUUCCUCGCCGGCCGGCCCCGCUUCGACUGCAACCGGACGCUCGCGGCCGCGCGCGACGACGCGGAUCCCGAAGCGCUGCUGCCGCGGGCCGAGGCCGAGCUCGCCGACGAGGCCGCGCUCGCCUUCGGGCUCUUCGAGCGCCUCGAGGACAGCGCCCAGCUCAUCGCCCACGCCCUCUGCCUGCCCAAGGCCACCCUCGUCGCGGGC